UCAUUCUCAGCUGCUGGGCUGGAGUCGCUCCAGGGAAGAGCAAAAGGGAAUACAAAUCUGCCUGGCAGUGGUGUGAGCGAGAAGCCACCAAAACAUGAGCUAGGACAGCCUUCUCAAGGGGUUUCCACGUACUCAAAAACCUUAUUCUUUUUUUGUUGUUGUUGUUAAGAAGCUAGGUGUCUCCCGUUUCAAAAUUUCUUAUUUUAUUUAAUAGGAAACCAGUGAAUUGAAAAUGAGACUAAAUAUCGCCAUCUUCUUUGGGGCUCUUUUUGGUGCUUUGGGGGUUUUAUUAUUUUUGGUGGCUUUUGGAUCGGAUUAUUGGCUUCUUGCAACUGAAGUGGGGAGGUGUUCAGGUGAACAGAAUAUAGAGAAUGUCACUUUCCACCAUGAAGGAUUCUUCUGGCGAUGUUGGUUUAAUGGGAUUGUGGAAGAUAAUGGCUCCAGUAUUUGGAAGUUCUGGUAUACCAAUCAGCCACCAUCCAAGAACUGCACACAUGCUUACCUGUCCCCGUAUCCCUUCCUGAGAGGCGAGCACAAUUCCACCUCCUACGACUCUGCAGUCAUUUACCGUGGUUUCUGGGCCGUGCUGAUGCUCCUGGGGGUCGUCACUGUGGUCACCGCCAGCUUUUUGAUCAUCUGUGCGGCCCCGUUUGCCAGCCAUUUUCUCUACAAAGCUGGGGGUGGCUCAUAUAUCGCUGCAGGCAUCCUGUUUUCCCUGGCGGUGAUGCUGUAUGUCAUCUGGGUCCAGGCGGUGGCUGACAUGGAAAGCUACAGAAACAUGAAAAUGAAAGACUGCUUGGAUUUCACCCCUUCUGUUCUAUAUGGCUGGUCAUUUUUUCUGGCCCCAGCUGGGAUAUUUUUUUCUUUGCUGGCUGGAUUACUAUUUCUAGUUGUUGGACGGCAUAUUCAGAUACAUCACUAAAUCAACUGUUGCCACAAGUAUUUUCUUGAGAGAUUUUUAAACAGAGCAUACUUUUUUUUCCACUUUAUUUCAAUGAUCCCAGCAUAGAAUUAAUUGAUAUAACUUUGUAGUUGCUAUUUGAUUGAACCAUUUCACUUGUGAUUUCCUCUGAUAAGAAGGUCCUAGAAUCUCUCCAGACACCAGCAGGUCUUCAUCUUGUCUAAAUGCUGUCAAGGACCUAGUUCUUUAGGACAUUGCGAAAUGGGUCUCCCUUCCCUGGAACAUGUUCAUGCAGGUUGCAAAGCCUUGAUAAUAGGAUAACACCAUCACAUGGGGCAAAUCUAGGUUUCGCGUAACACCUCCUUCUUAGUGUUCGUGUCUGCUAAUUAAAAAAAAAAAAAAUCUUUGGAGAAUAAUUAAGAAUGGAAAACAAAUGUUGGCAGAGGUUUCAUUUCAUUUCCUUCUUCACACACAUACAUAUCCAUGUAUGCAUUCACUGGCUCCUGUGAGCAAAUGAUUAAUUUAAAAAUAGACAGCAGUUGUUCUGCUAGAGAGCCGUGUAGUCACCAGUUAAAAUGGACCACAACAAACAAAACUAAGAUCAUGUACUUACUCUGCUUUCAUUCAAACAGUAGUUUGGUUACCUAAUGUUAUUCACUUAGUCAUACAUGCUUACGUAAACUUUAAACUAUAUUUAAAAGUAGCAAAUCUGUAAACCAAAUUAUGUAUAAAGCAGAUUGAAUUUUUAUGAACUUAAAGUGAGUUAAUUAUAUAAUGUAAUAUGGUUUAAAAUAUGUAAAAACCAAGCACCUUAGCUUAGUACAUAAUUCUAUUUGAUAUUCUAAAAUUCCCAUUAAAAACUAUAUUGGUAACAUGCUCAGCAUGUUAAAAUUUAUUGAUGAAACAUGCUUUUAAUAGUCUUUAGCUAUAAACUUUCAAAGUACUUCCAUCUGAGCAUUAUAAUGGCCUCACUUUAUUAAUACCAUGAAAUAUUAACUUUCCCCAAGAUUUUAUGGGUUUCAAUUCUUCUGAUCAUUUGAUUCCCUUAACUAUUGUCCCUCAAUUUCUUCAUCUUUACAAUAGGUAUAUUAACAUUUAAAGAUCUGCUAUUUUUUUUAACCUCCUGUAAGAAAAGUUUUUCUGGGGAAAAAUAAUUCUUUAUUAUUCACUAUCACAGACAUUUUGCAUAUCAAAGAUGUUCAUUUGGCACGAAUGUUGAUUGAAAUCAAAUCCAUCUGAGAGGCUUAGGUUGUAAUGGCAUUCUGGAAGUUUCCAUCAUGGAGAGUUUGGGGUUAGUGAGGGAAGAGAGAAAUGGCAUGGCGUGGGAGCUUGGUUGGAGGCACAGUUUUUCUGCAGCUGUUGUAAGGCAUGACUCACAGGCAAAGGAGUCACACCUAGAAGAUGCUCUGGGGUAGAUGAACUCUUGCUCUCUGUCCUGUGCUUCCUGCGAUGAUGGGGAGAUUGCCCCAGUCCUCUUUGCACAUCUUGUACUUUCCCAUUAAGCUUUUUUUUAAUGGGAGAGAGCUUUAGAGGAAUAGCAACAGUCUAUCGUAUCUACAGAAUCACAAGGGCAUUUUAGUGACAGGACUUGCCUGUAUUCAUAAUAAUAAUAAAAAUCUUCAAGGGUUUAACUGGUUCCUCAAGUCAUUUCAAUGAUAUCAUAAACGUUUUUGUGGUACUUCCCUUUGUCUUUUUCCCGUUUUAUUUUUAUAUUGCUUCAUUUACUUUUUAUUUUUUGCUUUUGGCUUGAUUAUUAGAAAAAUAAUUAUGGGUUCUGUUAUGCAUAUUGACUGUGAUAUUAACUUAUGGCAUGCCAUUAAGUUUUCCAGAUGAUGCUGGGUGUAUUUGAUUAGUUCAUGUCAUCUGUAAAUACAAUUCUUUUUUGUAGAACUUUGGAAUGGAGCUUUUCUGGUGUACUGUAUGCCAUUUAAAUUUCACAUACAAGCUGCCUUCAGUAAAGGUUGGAAUAUUUAUACAUUUCA